AUCAUACCUACCAGGAGCAGCUCCAUUCUAGUCACUAGGGUCCAGCAGUAGUUAUGUCGGCUUCCGCCCAGCCUCAGGUGUAAAAGAGCGGCCGCCAGACAGAUGCUGCCAUUCAUGUAGCUGCAGGCACUAGGCCAAACUACUGUUGAAGUGUCGUGUAGGAGUAUCCCUGCACUACUGAUAAGCUUUAUCAUGCCUGCAAACAAGGUUUUACAGCCGGUUUUAAAACUGAAAGUAGAUGAACUAUUUCAGUGUUGGCUGAGCGAGACGCCAACGCAGCUACUGCUGAAGGACUACUUAAGACGAAUUAAAAAUGGCGAAAAUGUUCUGCCUGAAAACGUUGACGACAGCGGAGAUGCUUCCAGGAUGCAGUCUGCUAAUAAAAUGCUAGAUAGCUUGUCCUUAUCACCAGUGACUUGUAGUCCUCCAUCUCGCUCUCCUUCUGCUCUGCCCAUUGGUGCCUUCAGCAGCCCAAGAAGCGGGCUGACUCCAAGAACUUAUAGAUCAAGACUGGUACAGCCAAAGAGGGAAGAACCAAGGACUCCUACCAUAAGCCAGCACAUUCCAAAAUUCUAUUUUCCUAAAGGGUGUCCCAAAGCCAAUACUAAUGUGGAUAGUAUUAUUUCAAAGAUUGAGAAGACUUUUUCUACUCUUCCAAACGAGCGAACUAGCCUUGAAGACAUGGACAAAAUAGCUAAGGCUUGUGAAUGCCCGCUUUACUGGAAAGCACCAUUGUUUUAUGCAGCUGGUGGGGACAGGACCAAAUACGUGUCUGUUCACAAGUUUGUGGCCAUGUGGAGAAAGGUUUUACAGACUUGCCAUGAUGAUGCUGCAAAGUUUGUACAGCUAUUAGCAAAGCCAGGCUGUGUGUAUCUGGAACAGGAAGAUUUAAUACCUUUUUUACAAGAUGUGGUGAACACUCAUCCUCACUUAACGUUUUUGCGAGAAGCCUCAGAAUUUCAUUCCCGGUACAUUACCACAGUAGUUCAGAGGAUAUUCUACAUUGUAAACCGGUCAUGGACUGGUCGAAUCACAUGUGCGGAGCUCAGGAAAAGCAACUUUCUGCAGCAUGUGGCACUUCUGGAAGAGGAAGACAUCAAUCAGUCAACUGACUAUUUUUCAUAUGAGCAUUUUUAUGUCAUCUACUGCAAGUUCUGGGAGCUGGAUGUUGACCAUGACUUGUACGUUGAUGAGCAGGACCUGUCUAAACACAACGACCAUGCAAUAUCAAGUAGAAUUAUUGAAAGAAUCUUCUCUGGAGCAGUAACACGUGGUCGAAAAGCACAAAAAGAAGGAAAGAUUAGCUAUGCAGACUUUGUGUGGUUUCUGUUAUCUGAAGAGGACAAGAAAACACGGACAAGCAUUGAGUACUGGUUUCGCUGUAUGGACCUCGAUGGAGAUGGAGUGUUGUCAAUGUAUGAGUUGGAGUACUUCUAUGAAGAACAAUGUCAGAAGAUGGAGAGCAUGGCUAUUGAGCCCUUACCAUUUGAGGACUGUCUAUGUCAAAUGUUGGAUCUUGUCAAACCUCAGAGUGAUGGUAAAAUUACACUCUAUGACUUGAAGAAAUGCAAACAAGCAAAUCUGUUUUUUGACACUUUCAUAAAUCUUGACAAGUAUUUGGACCAUGAACAAAAGGAUCCAUUUUCUGUACUGCGGGUUGGAGAAAAUGAAGGACAAGAACUUUCAGACUGGGAAAAAUAUGCUGCUGAAGAAUAUGCCAUCUUAGUAGCUGAAGAGGCCGCCACAGAACAAUGGAAUGAUGGGUAGGAAGAAAAAAACCUGGAUUAUGGACUAUGCAGUAUUGUAUGGUCUUAUUGAUCCCUUUUAAUUAGAGUAUCCGCUAUUUACAUAGUCGUACUUGUAAGAUUAAACCCAGUUAUGGUAGAGAGAACACCACAUUACUCCUUAGGACUACAAGCCUUUUCUCUUCUCAUUCAUUUUUAAGCAGUAUUAAUAAUUCUGAGACAUUUAGGACAGAACUUUAGAAGACCAUGUUAGAAUAUAUUGGUAAAAUAUUUUAGGCUAUGCUUCCCUGCCCCAGAGAUACAUUCCAGUUUUCCAGGGUGAACUGGGCCUAUUUUAUCACUAUUUUUCUAUGUCAGGUGUGACUCUGAAUUAAAUGCUUUGGAGAUGGAUAAAAGAGCUUUCUUGGAUCUCGCUUCUGAAGAGUCACAAGUGGACAUUGAGUAUGACUAUGAAGAUGACUUUGAAUAAACUGAACAGUAAAGAAGGACCCAGCAGCUGGUCUGCCAUGUGUAUUUGCUGUGGACAGCACUUUAUAUAUGUAAUAUAGAAGAACUGCAACAAUCAUCAGUGACUUACAAAGCGAUGAUUUAUUUAUUGCUAAAAAGCUAUUUAUUGAUGUUGGUCACAUUUAUUUUGCUGUGCUAUGUCGUGAGUCCUGCAUUUCAAUGAUGUGAAUACGUUCUGAUUUACAUGUGCAAACCCCAUGUUUGUUAAUGAGUUGUAAACGGGCAACAUGUAUGCUAACCAAUACUUAAAGGCAUGUUCCAAAGGACAUAUGUGGCAAGCAAUAAAGAUUACACGUAUAGAACUCAAAUCUUUAGGGCUUUCCAGUGACCUGUGAGAACUCCUGAUCUUGGUAAUCCUGUCUGUCGUUUUGGAUAGAAAGGUGUUUUUUUUUUUUUUUUUUUUUUUUUAAAUCCUCUCUCAUUUUGUUCUAGUCGUGCCAGCAUAUGCUGAUCCUAUGCUGAGCUGUUUGCUUAGGCAGCAUAUCCUAUAGAACCCAUUUGCUUUGGUGUCGUUCUUGUCACAUUCCAUUUUGUAACAGGACCCAUCAAUGAAAGACUUUUGUUGUAUUCUCCAAAAGAGAACAAAACUAUUUGGUAUAGUGCCUUUAAAUGUAUAUAUGUAAAUACCAGCAUUUUUUUUCCAUUAUUUUAAUAUUGCAUUGGAUAAAACUACAUAUGUAAAUAUUUGCUGUGUAGAAAUGUUUAAAAGACUUUAUGAAUUUAUAUAUUGUAAUUUCAAAUAAACUAUAUUUUGCACACAGUGUUA